AUGGACGAGACCACCCCUCUGCUGCUGCGGAACCAGUCGCACGCGCUGUCGCGGCGGCGGCUCCUCGCCGUCUUCCCAGCGCUGGCGCUCAUCCAGUUCAUCUCGUUCCUGGACCAGACGGCCGUGUCGACGAGCCUGCCGGCCAUUGCCUCUGCGCUCGACACCGGCUCGUCCAUCUCGCUCGUCGGCGCGAGCUUCCUCAUCACGAGCACCGGCAUCCAGCUCAUCAACGGGCGGCUGUCGGACAUUUUCGGGCGGAAAGCCGCGCUCGUGACGGCGCUGAGCAUCAUGGGCGCGGGCAACCUCUGGAGCGGCUUCUGCGCCUCGCCGCUGCAGCUCUUCGUCUCGCGCGCGGCGACGGGCUUUGGCGCGGGCGCGAUCAACGCCCUCGUGCAGAUUGCCAUUGCGGACAUUACCACGCUGGAGCAGCGCGGGUACUACUUUGGCAUGGUGGGCAUGGCCGUGGCGUUUGGCAACGGCCUGGGGCCGGUGGUCGGCGGCGUCUUGACGCAGACGUUUGGCUGGCGCUGGGCGUUUUGGUUCGUCUGCCCGCUGUGCCUCGUUGCGAUUGGGUAUCUGGCAUCGGUGUGGCCGUCUCUACAGAGAAGUCCAGACGAUGCCAAGAUUCAGAGCAGGUUAAAGUUGAUUGACUGGCCAGGUGCAGUGGUCAGCCUGGCGGGCAUUUCGUUGAUACUUAUCCCCAUCUCGCUGGGCGGCUCAAGAUUGCCUUGGAACUCACCAGUCACUAUAGGCAUGCUGUGUUCCGGCGUCGCCCUUCUCGGCAUCUUCCUGAUAAUCGAAUGGCGCUUCGCCAAGCUCCCUCUACUGCCGGCGCAACUAUUUCGAUACGGACGCUCAACGAACAUUUUAAUUGGUACCAACCUCAUUAUCGGAUGGAUUUACUGGGGCAAUUUGUUUUUGAUGCCUCUAUAUUUGCAGAACGUCCAAGGUGCUAGUCCCGCUCGUGCUGGAACCUUGAUGUUGCCUAUGGUCGUGGCCCAUGGGCUUACAUCGGCUCUGACUGGCAUCAUUAUAUCAGCUACUGGUCACUACAAGCCAGUCAUUGUCUUUGGGUCAUUUUGCUGGGUAUUUGCCGCUGUUGGAAAGCUAUCCUUCACCCAGACAUCGGAAGUUUGGAAGGUAGCGGUCGUUGGUGUCUUGGACGGAGUCGGGGUCGGCUGUUCUCUCCAGCCUGUCCUUGUUGGACUGCUCGCAGGUUCUGACACCGAAAAUCGGGCGGUUCUGACAGGUCUUCGAAAUUUUGUUCGCGAUUUGGGCGGUGCCAGCGGCACUACAGUUUCUGGAACGAUUUUAAGCAAUUUGCUGUUCACACAGCUACGACACCGAUAUAGCGCAGAACUGAUCGCCAAGCUGACAUCUUCUACUUUUGCGUUGAAAGACCUGGGCUUAACCGAGUCGGAGAGACACAUGAUCUCGGGAGCGUACAUGAACAGUCUGAGUGUGAUAUAUGUCACGUUUGCAGCGCUUGCUGCGAUCCAUCUAUGCCUCUGUUUGUGUAUUGAAGACUACGGCUUGAAGCAAAAGCAGAAGCAGAGAGUUGCGGCACCAAAUAUCACCGAGGACAAACCUGCCGUGACCAUGCCGCGACCGCAGCCUACUCGUCUGAACAGCCUCUUCGCGCCGCUGAUGCUACUUUGGCCCGCCAUCUCGAUUCAUUGGGCCGCCUUCAAGGAAGCUUUUCGCACGCGUGGAUUCGCAGCUAUCUGGAAUCCGACCCAGCAGCUCGACUUGGGUGUCGCCAACCUCUUGAUCGAAACUUCGGAGGGCUUCAUCGAGUACGAAAGCACAACUGUUGUCCCAUCACUUGUCAAGCAGUCCAAGGGCAAGAUUCUCGAGCUCGGCCCUGGCCCGGGCAACCAAAUCCACCGAUUUGACCCUGAGCUUGUUGAAUUCAUUCACGCCAUUGACCCGAACCCCCACUUCAAGGAUGACAUUGCCAAGAAGCUGCAAAACAGCGAACUCGAGUCCCGCUACAAGUUUCUCGCCUGCGCUGUCGAGGACAGCGACACUCUGCGGGCAGAGGGGGUGACAGAGGGCAGCAUGGACACCAUCCUGAGCAUUCAGGUGAUGUGCGCUGUCAAUGAUCCUCGCCCCAUCAUGAAAGAAAUCUGGAAACUACUGAAACCUGGUGGCCAAUUCAUUUUUUGGGAGCAUGGCAAGAGCAAGGACACCGUCACCUCCAUCGCACAGACGCUGUGGAAUCCUGCAUGGAGCACCUUUGUGGGCUGCCAUGUCAACAGAGACAUUCGGGGCGCCAUUCUGGCCGCAGGAGAGUGGGAGGGCCUUGAGAACAUUGAGGAGACGGAUGAUCACCUCACGUUUCUGCCCAGAGUUUGGGGCGUCUUGGUGAAGAAAGCUUAG